AAAGGGAUGGACCAGUUGUGUACGUUGCGGCAGCAGGCAACUCAUGGGACAGAAGAAACCCCCUCCAAAAACGCCACACUACCUCAGUUUCCCUUUCCUGGAUGCAAAGUGCUAUAAACCAAAAUGAAGAGCCUCAAGGCAAAGUUUAAGAAGAAUGAGAGUCAGGACUGGAGUAAGAGCGAUGAGAGACUACUGCAGGCUGUAGAGCAGAACGAGCCUGACAAAGUAGCUGCCCUGAUUGUGAAGAAGGGACUUUGUCCCACCAAACUGGACGUGGAGGGAAAGUCAGCGUUCCAUCUCUGUGCGUCUCGGGGUCGUCUGGACUGCUUGGAGGUCAUCCUGGCUCACGGGCCAGACAUUAACGUGACAGAUGGUACAGGCUUCAGUGCCCUUCACCUAGCAGCAAAGAACUGCCAGCCUGAGUGCCUGAAGAGACUAUUACAGGAGAGAUUGUCUGUAGACUCCACAGACAGCUUUGGCCGGACAGCUUUGCAUCACGCAGCUGUGAGUGGCUGCUUGUCCUGCACUGAGACUCUGUGGGACUUCAAGGCCAGUCUGGAUGCCCAGGACGGGGAUGGGGUGACCGCGCUGAUCCUAGGAGCCCAGAUGAGCAGAGUGGGGCUGUGUGCUUUCCUGUUGGACCGAGGAGCCAAUCCCAACAUACAGGACAGCCAGGGCAGGUCAGCCCUGAUGCUGGCCUGUGAGAGUGACAGUGCAGAGACUGUGGAGGCGUUGCUAAGGGGAGGGGCUAACCCACAUCUGGCCGACGCCCUCGGACACCACGCCGUCCACUACAGCGCAACUGCCGGCAACCAGCGCAUUGCACAGCUGCUGCAAAACAGAGCUCCAGCCACUGAGGGCAAUGGAGAAGAGCGACAGCCCCCUCCUCCCCCUCCUCUACCAGGGGGUACGACCCCCCGUAAGAGGAAAGCCCCCCCUCCUCCACGCUCCCCUCCCCAGGGCUCCCCACCAUCUCCUGCCUCCCAGAGCCCUCCUCCCCCUGCCUCUCCUGAGCCUCUGACCCAGAGACCCGCUCCCCUUCCUCAGUCCCCAGAGACGCAGCGCUCUGCUCAGGCUAACCUUAUGGAGGAUGAGGAGGUGUUUGAGGAGAUCCGCAGACUGCGUCUGGAAAGAGGACGUCUGCUCCAGAAGAUCAAAGGUCUGGAGCAGCAGCAGAACAGCGCCCACACUGCCCUGGAGGAGCUGACUCAGCUGAGAGAGCGUCUGCAGCAGGCGGAGGCAGAGCGGGACAGGCUGCAGACUGAACUGGAGGAGCUGAAGGCAGGUCAGGUGAUCGGUGCCAGUGACUCAGAUGACGACAUGCUGGACUUCCCAGGUGCUGAGAAGCUGCUCUCCAGGCGGUCGAGAGAGUCUCCCUCUGCUCUGGACGAGGGGGAGGCAGACUCCCUCAACCCCACCUCUCCUGGUGCUGCAGACUCAGACACUGUGGCGGAGCUACGCAAACAGCUGAAGGAGCUGGCCUUACAGAAUCAGGAGCUGGUCCUGAAAGUGCAGAUGCUGGAGAUGUUUGAGAAAGAUGACACUGACAUGCAGACAUCCGGCCCAGACUUUGUCCCCACGGCUCUGUAUGACUCCCUGAGGAGGGAGUUUGAAGCUCUGCAGGAGCAUUACUCCCAGGCCCAGGCUUCAGCUGAGGCCUCCAGCAUGGCAGGGGAUCAGGGGUGGAAGGGGGGAGGAGAUGGGGUGUCAGGGGCAGAGGGGAAGGAGCGGACAGAGGAGAUGGAGGGGGAGAGCAGUAAGGAGCUGAAGGAGAGGCUGUGUGGGCUGGAGGAGCAGCUGGCCCACUCCCAGUCUGAACUGGAGGAGCUGAGAGAACAGGUGCACCUUGGGGUCUACUCUGUGGAACAGGCAGGGGGCCAUGGGGGCGCGGUGGGUGAGACGGAGGGGGCGGGCCAGGAGACACAGCAGCUGAGAGAGAGGGUGAGGGACCUGGAGGCGGUGCUGAAAGAACGAGAGAGACAGGGGGAGGGACAGAGUGAGGGUGAGGGCGAGAGCACAGGGGACAAUGACACAGUCAAACAGCUGAGAAAGAAAGUUAAGAAACUACAGGCAGCCCUGGAAGAUAAAGGAACAGAAAAAGAGGGCGAAAAGGAGGACGGGGGAGGGGGAGAGCUGCAGGGGCGUGUGGGGGAGCUGGAGGAGGAGCUGAGGCAGUGUGUUCCCCGUUCGGAGCUGGACGAGGUGCAGGUGACCCUGGGUCUGCAGUGUGAGCAGCUGGCCAGGGAGAGAGCUGAGGCCAGCCUGAGACUGAACGAGGCUUUACUGGAGCUGGAGAGACUACGCCCCCCCAGCCCCACACACCACCAAGGAGACGACGAGGAGGAGGAAGAGGAGGAAGAUAGGUCUGAGGGAGCCCUCCCUGAGACGGGUGAGAGAGGAACUGGAGGUGGCUAG